AUGUUGGACUUAUUCUCCAAAGAUCGAAUAGUGAACGAGGCGGGCCUCAGAGCCGCCUUGCGUCAUCUGGACGCAAUGUCAAGUUCAGGAGCAACCGCAUUACAAGCUACGGUCGAACAUAUGUUGUCGUCACCCCAUAUUUUUGCAUAUAUCAUAUCUGUUUGGGAUCGCCGCGAGGCAAUGAUCUCACAGAUCAUGACAGACUUUCCAACGAAGUCUCAAGAAUAUCCGGCAUCCAUCGCGAGAAAGAUACUGGACAAUCUGUCUAUGAACUUUUUAGCUUUUCCGGCCGAGUCUCUAGCGAUGGAUGUCUCUAGGGACAUCACCCGUCACAGAUGCUUCAUCGAGGGCGCUUUACCUGUAAUUUUCGCGUUGAACAGUAUGGAAUUUUCUGGUGCAGGGUCCUUUGAAGGCGAGAUCGAUGUCUCCGACGAAUCUGAUGAUGGAUUUGUCAAGAAGAAAGUGCCUCAGAAAAUGCGCAAGCGUAAUCGCCCGAAAGCUCAUACGUCUAUCGAUACAUCGCUCUUCGUGAGGCUUGGUGUGGUUGUGCCUCUCACGAGCGAGGCUGCCACAUCAUUGUCUACUCAGAUUCUUGCAAAGCUGAAAAAUGCUCUCUCGUUCUACUUCUCGCUUCUGCGGAGGACGGAAUUGGCAGGCGACAUCAAAGCUUUACUCUUCCCAAUCGUGAGAGAGUAUGCCAAAUAUGUUGCGCCUGAAGUUUCGUCAACCGAGGAUGUCGAGAGCCCAACAGACCGACUCAAUGCAUACCAAAUGGUGCAGCCUAUGAAGGCUGCACUUUACUUCGACAACGCGGAUGGGCUCGGAGAGUGGCAAAUCCUGAUAUCUACGGAGGCCUACAAACAUUUGCGUGAAUUCCGUAGAGCAGAUAAGAAGACAUUCAAGAUCAUCUUCAAGAAGAUCAAACAACUAUCGAAUGGCCAUUUUUCAGAUGAUAAUCACAAGCGACUUAACGGGCCGGAUGCAGGCAUACCCAUAUACGAUGCCAAGAUGACAAAGGACCUACAAUUAGUGUACCAAAUCGAUUGUGUCCCUGACCAAGAUGGAAAGUCCGAAAGACAAGUAAUCAAGAUAUACGGUAUUUAUAUGGAUGCUCAGCUCGACGGAAUAUGGGAUGCCUUGGGUAGCCAUCUCGCACGCAAGGGCAGAGAAUAUCGUAGAAGGUGUAUCUUUCGGAACAGGCCAGUCCUAUCUAAAGAUAGCGCGAUUCUGCCUGCGUCAUUCCCACUAGCUGAACCUGAGCCAGAAUGCUCAGGAGGCCCACUUAAUCUUAGUAAUAAGGACAUGGACCACCUUCACUCUUUGCUUGUUUUGGAGAAAUAUGUCACGUUCUCGCAAGCGUUCCUGCAUAGUCUCAUCGCAGACCAAGAUGUACAGCACGUCUUUAUGCUCACUCCCCAAGAACAAAAGAUUGUCGAGUGUACUACGUCAUGUUACGUCUUGGGUCGCAGCGGCACGGGCAAAACCACGACAAUGCUGUUUAAGAUUCUCGGCAUUCAGCGAGCUUGGGAGAUGAGCGCUGUUGACAUGCCGAAGCCACGCCAAAUCUUUGUCACCAAAUCCAGAGUGCUCGCUACGAAAGUAGAAGAGUAUUUCAUGAAGCUUCUUGAAUCUCUGGCGUUAGCAGGCUAUACCCUGGAGGAACUUGCAAAAAUGAAGGCACGAAGUGUUCAGGAGGGCCUUGUCGAUCUCGACGACUUGCCCGAUUCACAGAUGAAUAUACCGAUGAAAUACAGCGAACUUGAGGAUAAGCACUUUCCUCUUUUUCUCACUUUCGAUCGACUGGCGAAAAUGAUCGCAGCAGAUAUCUUGAGCAAGAAAGACAGCGCAGGAGUUUUCUUCAAUGUUGACGAUGCUGACGCGCAUGACUGUUUCGUCACCUAUGACGUAUUCGCAAAUCAAUACUGGCCUCAUUUUCCACAGAAUCUCAGCAAAACUCUCAAUCCGUGGUUGGUUUUCAGCGAAUUCAUGGGGAUUGUCAAAGGCUCCGAACACGCACUGACCUGUCCUGAAGGAGUUCUCGAUCGCACAAACUACCUCCGUCUUCCUCAUCGUUCUAAUCCAAAUUUUGCAAAUCAGAGAGGAAUUCUGUACGACAUGUUCGAGCAUUAUACGAAAAUCAAGAGGCAGCGAUGUCAUCAUGAUGUUGCAGACCGCACGCAUGCAAUACUCAAGGUCUUGCGGAGCAAAGAAUUCCCUGGCAAACAGAUCGAUUAUCUGUAUGUCGACGAAGCACAAGACAACCUUCUGAUCGACGCACUCUUUUUGAGGCAACUAUGCAGGAAUCCAGACGGUCUGUUCUGGGCUGGAGACACCGCACAAACGAUCUCUGCGGGGAGUUCCUUCAGGUUCGACGACCUGAAAGCGUUUCUCUACCGUGUGGAGCAGCAGCAAAAUCCUUCGGUCAAUUCCGCUGGGGCAUGUCUUCGUCAGCCUGCGAUGUUUCAAUUGGCGAUCAACUACAGAUCGCACGGUGGUAUCGUCAACUGUGCACGUUCUGUGAUCGAACUCAUUACAAAGUUUUGGCCCAACACAAUUGACACACUUCGACCAGAAAUGGGGGUGGUUGACGGGCUGAAGCCUGUGUUUUUUACAGGUUGGGAUAAAGCCACCGUUCAUCAUGAGCAGUUCUUGUUUGGGACGAAGGGUGGUCACAUUGAGUUCGGAGCCGAGCAAUGCAUUCUUGUGCGUGACGAUGCAGCACGUCAGAGGUUACGCGACCAAGUUGGUGAGGUUGGAUUGAUUAUGACACUUUAUGAGAGUAAAGGCCUGGAAUUCAAUGAUGUGCUUUUGUACAACUUUUUCGAGGAUUCUACUGUAGAUCUGUCACGAUGGCGUGUAGUUCUCAAUGGGGUAGAUGGUCAAGGAUAUGCACCGAACUUCGAUCGAGACGAAGCGCGAUACGCUGGGGUUUGCAGCGAGCUCAAAAUUCUUUAUGUGGGAAUCACACGAGCAAGGAAGAACAUAUGGAUCGUUGACAAAUCUGACAGAUCAGAGCCGAUGCGUAUAUUCUGGACGUCUCGCAAUCAGAUCCAGAAUUGUACCCCCGGCACAGAUGUCCCUCAUCUAGCCGUCUCCUCGACUCCAGAAGAAUGGGCGUCCUUCGGGCGCUCACUAUUCUCGCACAAGCGCUACUCGCAGGCUAUCCACUGCUUCGAACGUGCCAACCUUCGUCGUGAAGUGAAGGUCUGUGAAGCAUAUCAACUCCGAGAAGUCGCACGUUCUAGUGUCGGAGUGGCCUUACUCAGCGACCAAAAAAGAGCUUUUAACGUGGCUGCCGAUGCCUUUACUGAUUGCGCAGAAACCGCACCAGGAAAUCAGAAGCUUCAAUACUAUCGUAACUCGGCGGAUUGCUACGUUCGAGCAGGAGAUGACCUUAAAGCUGCUGAGGCCUAUCUCAGUGCUCAAGAGUUCGAGCAAGCGGCGAAGAGGUAUCGCAAGGUUGGACGGUUUGACAAGACCCUCCAUGUCCUUAAUGACCAUGGCACGGAUAUACCUGAAGAGACCACGGCGGAGUUAUGGACUGUGUGCAGACUAUUUUACUUCAGCAGGACAACUCGGCCCCCAUUGCCCCUCUUCUCGACAUUUGAUGAGGAACUCGAAUUUCUGGAGGACUAUGAUCUCGAUUACGCUCGUGCCUCACUGCUUGAAUCUCACUCGAGGUACUAUGAGGCCGCAGAGCUCCACUUGUCAGAGAAUAGGCCCUUGGAAGCUGUCCGGGCAUUCAUCAAGGACGAUACCAAGGACGAUUCUACUAGCCGUGCGGCCGAUACUAUAUUGGAAUACUUUUGGCGCAAAUGCUCCUUCAGAAUCACUGCAAAAUCCGUUGCUGAUGAGCCAGAGCCAAUGCGGCAUUUCAUUGCUCUUGCUGAUGAGCUGGAGAUGAACAAACUAACGCCGGCCACGCGUGAUCUAAUAUCGAUGUUUCAAAACAUCUUGCGCGGAAAUCACGAGUCGCUGAGAAAUCUUGCGCUUAACUUCCAUGAACAGAAUAACAAGCCAGCAGCUCUCCUUUGCCUGGACCAUAUAUUCUCUCGAACCAUAGAUAUUCGAGCUUUCACGGUCGAUGAAAUGCGACGGUUCCUUCAACAGUUUCACGCCUAUGCGCGACUGCUCUAUCUGAUUGUGACCUUCCCCGACCCCAUGGAACACAGGGGUAUCCGGAGACUAUUCUCCAUCGUGCGGUUGUCCGGUGACGAGUUCCGCAUACCAAAUGGAACGUUCCUCCACAACAAAAUUAUGGAGAUCCGCCAGGGCAUCACUUGGGCAUCGGAAACUCCGUCCGGAUAUACAGCCUCUCGUAAAAACGUCACCCAGUUGCUACAACGAUCUACUCGAACGAUCUUGAAAGACAAAGUGUCGAGGAUCAAUGAUAAGUGUUGCGAAUCUCCCGUUUUCUCGCAAUGCCUGCAAUUCUUGAUAUCUGGAGUGUGUCAAAGAGAUAAGUGCCCCCAAGAGCAUGUUGCAGUAUCGAAAUUAGAUCGCCAGUAUUACAACAACCGUGUUGCCAUCCACAUCUGGCAGAUUCUGAUCUUGCAAUUCAUGUAUUCCGCUCACCCAAAAAUUGACCGACGCAAAAGCAUGAGGGACUGGCUCAAGCAUCUCUACGAGGCUAUCAAUCCACCCUUAUUCAUUCAAGGUUCCCCUGCGGACCUUGAUAUGAACCUGAUGCCUCUUCGUCUAGAUGGCGUGAAAGUGGUGAAGCUCUGGAUCUGCGAAUCAUUCUACUCGCUCGACCCAUUCUUUACCCAGGCUGAAUUUUUGACGGCGUUGAUGGGAAUAACCAGUCUAAGUUUUGAUUUUGACAGGGACGAUGCACCUGCCUACAUCUCUCGAGCAAAGUGUACGAUCUCUGGACCGUUAGAACUCGUUCGCAAGGGGGACAAACGCUAUAUGGUUCAUGACCUGCUUAGUUCUUACCAAGGAGCUUCCCUAAGCAGCAUCUCAUCGGGAAUCCUGUAUCUUCUGCAUGUUCUAAAUAAUCGUUUAUAUGUCAACCUCUCGGUGUUGUGCGACUGUAUCGAGGACGUCUGCAGCGCUUUUAUAAUCAACUGGCGAAUCGACCCAUACUUCAAUAAGCUUCCCCUUCAUAACGUCGUGCUUCCAUGUAAAUGGCUGCUGUUUCCCCACAAAUUCACUACGGAGAAAAAAACCAACCUGCCUUUGAUGGGGGAGCUUCUGGAUGAGAUAGCGAGGCUGGUCGAAGCAUUGCGCGUAGAAGUCGGCAUGGAUUUCCUCUGGCUGAACUACGCGAAAUUUACGCCUAUUAUCCGUAAUGUUUUCAUUUCUCGGAUCUGCAGGGUUCUUUGCCUCAUCGCUCAUCACAUCAGUCAUCCCUUCUUGAGAAACAAAGUAGACAAUAUCAUUCUUUCUCUGCACAAAAAAACCCCUCCUUCGAAUCGGCAUCCAGUUAAUUAUUGGAAACUCGUGGAUGACGUGGUCAAGUGCGUGACACCCUUGCCAGGAUGUACACCACUUCCAGACGGUUACCUGCGAGCUCUCCUGGCUUUCGACGACAAUAAAGGAGUGGGCAACCUGGUGCAUCUUGUCCACAAAACGAUGAACCAAUAUACUCGAGUCAAUCCUAGUAUAGGCCGACGGCUCGUAUACGAGAAGACCAUCGAGAUCCCCCGUCUCCUCUCAUCGUACGCAGUGAUCGCACAGUCUACCCCGAGAGUGGAGGCCCUUGCCUCUGUACCUCGCUUAGGACAUUCCAAGGACCGACCAGAGGUUAUCCAGCACGAUGAGAAAGAGAUAACGGAACCGCAACCUCAAGAGUUGGAAGGAGAGGGAGAAAGGGAGGGAGAAAGGGAGGGAGAUCUCACGGUCAAUGCUGAUACAGAGACCCAUGAUGCGUCGGAGACUUUGGAUGGGGCGACGGCGUUGUUUGCACCUGAUCUUGACGAGUCACUACGCACCAACGGACCAUCGGCGGAGGAAGAAGAGGCGGCUCGCAAAAUUCAGAACACGUACCGCCGUUACGUCAGACGCCGCUCGAGUCGUGCAGUCAAUGCCGAAAUCGACGCGACAUUCAUGACAUGCCUGAAGGAGACGCAGUCCCCUGAAUGGCGUUCGGGUUAUUACAGCUUGCUUUUCCUUGGACCAUUGCCUCACCUUCUGGUGUGCUUGGAACGAGGUAUCGCUCUGACUCACGCUGUCAAAGCCAAGACGAAAGGCCUUUUCAACAAGGAGUCUCAUGAAAAGCUCGAGGAGUUGGGCAAACAGAGAAGCGGGAUCGCAACGCUCCUCAGGAAGGGAUUGAAAUUACGCAAGCAGCUGGAGCCUUCCUCAUCCGCUCAUCGUGCCCGUGACAUUGAUGCACUCAGAUCUGGAGUUCUAGAGGUCGAGGAAUUCAUGCAGGGAGUUCCGAGCAGCAUGAAAGAUAUGCAAUCUGACUUUCAAAUGGCCUAUAAGGGCAUUGUUGCAAAGAAGGUUCGUGCGGGAAAGGAGAAAGAAAGACGUGCUCUCAAUGUCGAGGAUAUGAACGACUAUUAA